CUCCUACCUGCCGUUCUUUCCCCCCUCUCUCUUUCUCUUUCUCUCUCGCGGGGCGCUGCGUGUUUGCGCUUAUCUUCGCCGCCGCCUCGCCACGGCCUCCUUCUCAGCUCGCCCAAUCUCUCUCUCGCCCGCCGCAUAAAUAUAGCCCUUGCCUCUCCUCCCCUCUCUCGCCUCGCGAGCGAGCGGACGAACGGACGAGCGAGCGGGGAGCGCGGCGAGCCGGAGGCGGGGGGGCUGUGCGCCUCGGUGUCUCUUCUCCCCUCCUCCCCACCCUCCCCUUUCUCCGCCCUCCUCUCGAUUCCCGCGGUUCAGGGACUUUGCUGAUCUUAAAUCUUAUUCCUGACUGACUGUCAUGGGCAUGGAACAUCUGCUGAACACCGCGAGUCCUUCAUCAGGCUUUAUUGAGGAAAUGAGGGAGCUAGAGAAGCUGAGAACAGAAACAAUGAUGAAAUCCUGCCAAAGCACUACAAGCAGGGCUGGAGCGAUAAGAUGUCCAGUACCACGCAAGAGUGGCAGGUCAUAUAAGGAGUAUGAUUUAACACAGGAUCUUUCUGAUUUCAUUAUGAGCAAGGCUUCUCCUCCAUACUUUACGGGAUCUCCACCAGUUCGAGCAAGCAAUCCACUUGUACAUGAUACACAGUUCUGUGCAUGGAAGCUGCAAAACGUUGAUCAGUCGCUUAGCAUUCCUAUACCAACAAAGGGUUGCAAUGUUCGUUACUGUGUGAGGGAAGGAUCUAUUACAAAGGCUUGAAGCUACAUUUAUGAGCUUCAUGACCGCUGGCAACCAGACCUCAGAGGACAUGCUUGGUUAACAUUCCGGCUUUUGACAUUAGUUGUAGUUGUAACUUUGCUUGCCUCUUCAAGGCCAAUUUGUACAUAUGAGUUAUCACCCUCUAGAAGCUGCCGUUUUCAAGUUUUGUGCCGUUGUCAUCGGCAGUGGUGUACAUAUCUUUUGUGUUCAGUUUUGUCGUCUGUGAAGUUAGUUUUGGCAAAUAAAGUCUGUCAAACCUAUGUUGCUGAGAAAUGAGGUAACCUGAAUGAAAGAGAAUUUGUUUUCCUUUAGUUUCUGAUUACCAUGUUGACCUGUGCUGGAUUUGUUAAUGGAUGAUUGAAUGUUUUGGCCUUC